AUAAAAUAAUUUGAUUGACAUAUCUAUAAUAUUUUAUGAUUUUGAUAUAUGGUAAAUUGGUGAUAUAGUCGGUUUUUAUUUGAUAAUCUCGUUGAUUUGAUAUCGAGCUGUAUUACACUUAUCAAUAGUGACAUUUGAUACUAGCCACUUGCUUGUUGGACUUAACUAUAAGAUGUUUUUAUUUAUUUAGAGCAUUGAUAGAUUCAACAAACAAAUCAAAAGGUUUCAUUAAAAAAGUAAAGUAGAAUCAAAGAAGUCUUUUGUUAUUAGAAGUUCUUUAAAGACUUUUGUUGUAUUGUUGAAGUAAAAUCGAUUGGAUCAACCCGACCAUACUGGAGUACAGUAUCAUUGCAAUUUGUUGAUAUUGUUAGAUUCUCGUUCUUGUCUAGUUAUCUAUCUCAACAUAUUAUAGAUUAUAUGGUAGAUUGUGAUAGCUUUCUUAUUCUUUAACAACGAAAUUUUGUGAUUCACCACUGUUAUCUGAAGCACAAUUUACAGACAAUCAUCUCAUCUUCGACAAUAAUAGUCUUUUGGAUUCGGAUCGUUAUCAAGCUAGACAAUACACAUGCCCCCAUCAUGUCCUAAACAACAACAAGGUAAAUUUAUUAAUCAUUAGUGCAUGCACAUGCAUCCAUUUUCAUUAUUUGCCACACGGUUCUAUUAUGGGCUGCUGAUCGACAUAUUCCUCGAGAGAUAGGUCCAAAGCAAAGCAAUUAUCCGAAUACUUUUCCCACUAAGCAAAAGAACGUUGUUCAUGUAAAGGGGGAAAACAUUGCCCACCCACAAUGGUGAAUUUGGUGAUCAAUUUGCAGAUAAAAAUGGCGGAAGGAGCUUAACCAUUAUAUUCGAUCUCUCAAUUGCAUAAUAUUUCCAUGCACUUUUUCUUCCAAUCAACCUUGUUUCUUUCAAAAGAUAUGGCAAUGGGAUUUUGUUCAUGCUAAUCUCGAUCUCAAUUUACAAGUAAAUCAUACUACUUGUUAAUUACACCAUAAAUUAACCGAAAUUUGGAACAUAAUUUUACUACCAGAACCACCACACACCCCAAGCGGGCGCCGAACAUUGAACAGGAGAGGCACAAAACGACAACUUCCACAGCUGCCAAACGGCAGCCACCGCUCCAUUGUUCAUUUUUUCCCCGUAACAGAGCUGGAGAAACUCCUGGCCAAGACCGUUCCUCUCUUUUAUCUCCAUAAUCCAACGGCCACGAUGAGCCCGUUGAAUGACCUGGAUUUUGGGCCAUGCAAAAAGGCCCAACGUGCCUUCCCCACGAGAAUACCAAUCCGCCACGUGGCCCAAUAACCUCCCAGAUUACGCAGCCAACAAGAAAGAAAACCUAAAUUUCCUAUUUUCCCUCUCUAUAAAUAGGUCUCUUCCCCAUCUUCCCUCUCCCACCGCAAAACCCUCCUUCGCCUCUCUAUCUCUCUGUUCCAUUGUUGCCUCUCGAUUCCGAAUAGUUAUCUCGUUCAUCCCGUUCCGCCGCUUGUGUUUUCCUCCCUGCAAUCCGAUCGAAGAAAUCUUCUCCGGCCUCUCGAUCCAAUCUCCCGUUGAUUAUGUAAGUAUAUUCGAUUCAAUUCCGUCUGUUUUCUUUUCAUUCUUUUAUCAUUUCGAUUUCCGCUCGCCGGCGUUUCCUUUGGAUGAGAUUUUGAUCGGAGAUUUGUGGUUUUUUUCCCCCCGCCGGAACAGAGAAAGCGUGAAUGUUGUAAUGGAGACGAAAGGAGGGAAAAAGAAGUCCAGCAGUAGUAGUAGUAAUUCCUCCAUCCAGUACGAAGCUCCCCUCGGCUACAUCAUUGAAGACGUUCGCCCAAACGGUGGCAUCGAGAAGUUCCGAUCUGCUGCUUACUCCAACGUACGUUUUUCUAUCUCUUCCGAUUUCGGAAAAUUCCAAUUCUGUUCUGGUUCUGAUUUCUGUUUGGAUGAUUUUGUUCUUUGUGUUGUAUCUCUGCAGUGCGUGAGGAAGCCAUCCUGAUAUUCUCCAAUCGUUAAUGUCGUUCGCCGUAGAGUAGGAUUUCCAAUUUCAGUUUCAAUCUGUCUGUCUUUCAAUUACUUCUCCUCCCUCAAUCCCUCAAGAACAAGCUCCCGAAGAACAAGAAAGGAAAGCGAACUCUGCAUCUCCCUCUCCCUCUCUUCUAGAUCUCGGAAUUUCAAAAUCAAGCAAUGGCGGUCAACACCUCGCCAAUCGGAUUCGAAGGAUUCGAGAAGCGUCUCGAGAUCUCCUUCUCGGAGGCGCCGAUUUUCAAGGACCCCAACGGACUCGGCCUUCGCGCCCUGACUCGCCCACAGAUCGACUCGUUCCUCGACGCGGCCAAGUGCACCAUCGUCUCGAGCCUCUCCAACGACGAGUUCGACUCGUACGUCCUCUCCGAGUCGAGCCUCUUCAUCUACCCGCUCAGACUCGUCAUCAAGACCUGCGGGACCACGAAGCUCCUCGCCGCCGUCGAGCCGAUUCUAGAUCUGGCCGGCUCGCUCUCCCUCGCCGUCGCGGACGUGCUCUACUCCCGCGGCAGCUUCAUCUUCCCCAGCGUCCAGCCGGCGCCGCACCGCAGCUUCUCCGAGGAAGUCGCCGCGCUGAACCAAUUCUUCGGCGAUCUGGACCACAACGCGUACGUGCUCGGAGAUCCGGAGCACAGCUGGCACGUUUACUCUGCCACCGUCGCCGGUAAGAAGAACAAUCCCUCUCCGUCGCUAGAAAACGACGUGAUUACUCUGGAGAUGUGUAUGACUGGUUUGGACAAGAAGAAGGCGGCGGUGUUCUUCAAAGGCUCCCCGGCUGCGACCGCCCCGGAGAUGACGAAACAGUCGGGGAUCUGUGACAUCAUCCCCGGCCACACGAUCUGCGACUUCGAUUUCGACCCCUGCGGCUACUCGAUGAACGGGAUCGAGGGGGCGGCUCACUCCACCGUCCACGUCACCCCGGAGGACGGGUUCAGCUACGCGAGCUACGAGGCGAUGGGGUUCGACGCCGGCGCGAUUCCGCUCGACGCGCUGGUGGGGCGCGUGCUGAGGUGCUUCGAGCCGCGUAACUUCUCCGUGGCGGUCACGUGCCGGAGCGCGAGGGCGCAGCUCUGGGCGAUGGAGCUCGUCGACGUGGGAGGGUACUCCCGCGGCAAGGUCGCGGUCGAGGAGCUCGCCGGCGGCGGGAUCGUCGUUUACAAGACCUACACAGCCGACGCCACGAAGAAGGCCAUCGUCGUUGCUCCGGCGGUCGUCGAGAUCAAGAAGGCCGUGACGAAGAAGGAAGUGAAGGUUGUGGUGGUGAAGAAGGCUGAUCAGCAUGCCGUCGAUUGUGGUGCUGGCUGCGGCGGUGAUGACAUGCUGGAAAAAUGGGGUGAGCAGUUCUUUGGGUUGGUGGACGGCGGCGGCGGGUUGAUUUGGUGAUCCGGGAGCUUGUUCUUGUUCUGUGUCGUCGUGUUUUGCUUCUAUUGAGACGUCGUAUUAUUAUUACUACUGUUAUUGUUACUGUACUGUGAGUGUUCGUUUGGGCGGCCAUGGGUGUCUAUUGUUUAAGCUUGGCGGAGUCGGCCUUAGUUGUGGGCUAUAUGGAAUAAAUUGUCAAGUGGCCAUGGCUGCCUAGUGGUUUCUUUUUCUAUUGUCGAUAUACUGCAAGUGGGGUUUGAUAUCCAGUAUGGAACUCCGAUUUAUUAAUGAAGAUUGGUGUGCAAUGUUAUUUGCUUGUUUAUGAUUACUGGUUUGAGAUUAUUGGACUAAUUACAUGAACUGGACGUGAUGAUUUGGUGGCUGGGCCUUUAGGAUGAUGACCAAGAGAGGGUUGGGAGUAGGAUCAUGUCUCAUUGGGCCUACCCUCAAGCAACCAUGGGCCUUGUAAAUGCCCAUGAACUUGAAAUUGUGUCCCAUAUUUCCCUGGGGUGUACAACGUUUAGGUCCAUACUUGUCAAAUUGGAUCAAACCGAAUCAAAUAAACAACCGAAUCAUAUAUAAUGCCCUGCUUAGGUUAUUGCCUAUUGGUUUCAUUGAUGUUUUUUUUUUUUAAAUCAAAGAAAUAAUGGACAAAAUGAAUAUUUGGAAUGAUCAAACUGGCUCUAAGUGUACUGAUGGUUUGAUCCUCCAUUUUGAGUUUCUUUUAUAAUUGGACUGCGAUUAUCAUGGUUUGGAUUACAUUGGGACGAACUAAUUCGUAUCAAGUUGAUGAGACUAACACAGUUGAGGUUAUAUGGCAUGGACAGAGUUGCGAACGUGCAACAUGAUUCGAGGUGGAAUCGUAAUAUUCUUUUGCCUGUGUUAAGAAGAAAAUGUAAAUUUUGAAUGCAAAUUUUGAGAAUCGUAUUUGUUUAGAUUGUAAUCGGAUAAUCUCUUCUAUAUGAAAUUUGACCCAUCAAAACAACCACUCCAAAUCCGUCUUAGUUCGUACGAGGACAAUUAGACAUUCUAAUUAAUAUCUACCAAUCUCUCACGUGGAUUAGUCAUGAUAAUCUAUGUUCAUUAAUUUUUACCCGUCUUUUAUUGAAUUGAUUAAGUUGAUAGGAAGUUUUUUUUUUUAAUCACCAGAAAAAAGCUGAUGUCCCAUCACAAACCCGAUAUAUGUCUGAAAUUUGAGUCCCGGCCAAAAAAACAGACGGUAUGUUU